CUACGGUGAUGACCUCGGGGCUUUGGUGGUCAGAAAGAAGCGGAAGAAGAAAGAAGAACCGACGAGACGAUCGUCGUUCACUUGCUGCCGCCAUAGCCGUCAUCUGUUGAAGAAGAGGAGGAGGAGGAGGAGGAGGAGGAGGAGGAAGAGGAGGAAGAGAAGCUCACGUACGGAGUGAAAAGAGGAGUGAGGAAUUGCGAAGCGAAACUGGAUUAUCUGAAGAGGUGGCAAGUUGUGUCGCUGACGUCCAUUUCCCUGCUUGCUCUUACUGCGCGCCGCCGUAUCUGCUCCGGGCCGUAGUUGCGUCUUGGUCGAUUCACAAUGGAGGAGCUGCGCCGAGAGUGCCAAGAUUGGAACCUGUCAUCGGAUGAAAAGCUGCUGACAUUGCUCAAAGAUUUUGCCACACGUAUAAGAGUACGAUCAGAAGACGCAAGGGAGAGAGUGAUGUCACUGGCAGAGGAGGCUGCUCGUGUGGAUGUUGACCUGCGCAAUAUGUUCAACCGCUUCCAGUCAAUCUCCGAUACACAGUUCAUAGAAAAGCGUGUCAACGAAGAGGAGGAGAGCCAUGCAGCAGCUUCAGAGGAAGAUAAGAGAAGCUUGUCACAGAUAUCCGGCUUGUUCAGAGGAGAUGAAACUCAUGCAGCAGCUUCAGCGGAGGAUGAGAGAAGCACUUCUCAGAUGUCAGGCAUUGACCAUGUCAAUUCGGACAUCUUCCAUCUGUACAAGGAGGCAGCAAUGGUUGGCUGGCAGGCAGUCGAACAAGCAGCAGUUGAGGCUGAUACUGAAUACUCACAACACCCUUCAGGAUGGCCGCGUUUGAAGAGGAAGCUAUACAUGACUAGAGCAAGGAAUUGGGGACCGCUUCCUCAUAUCAUUGGCACAAAUACUGGGGGUGAAACAUCAAAUGGAGUCUCGGGCCGUUUCAGCGCAAAAGCUUUUGAGAAGCUGUUGUUGGUUAGCGAGCUGGCAGAAGGUUCCCGAGACACGGCAUCAGAUGACCAGUUGCGAAGAGAAUAUGAGCAGCAUGGACGGGAGGUCGCUGGCCAGCUGAACUGUUUGUCGUAAGCCUGGCUGUCCUCUUGUAUGCUGCCCCUUUGGCAUAUUAUUGUGCAAAGAAAUA